AUGGCGUUGCUACACCGCUGCGACAUACCACGUGUAAAUGCGCGUGGUAUGGAUUGGGCGGCCUUCAACGCAGCUGGUCAUCGAGGGAGUGUGGUGCUGACAGGCUUGUUUGACGCAGAGGAGCUUGAAGAGUGGGCAGAGCCAACACAGCGAGAUGCUGAGGGUUUGACACCAACCUUUUUGGCAGCUUUUAGUGGACAUGUCCAGGUGCUGAGGGCUUUAGCUGGCCAUGUGUCUGAGGCUGACAUUCUGCCACAUUUCCAACGGGUCUUUCCAGUGCUUCUCGACCUCAUUUCGGCCGCGGGCCGAACUGGCCAGGAAGAUGCAGAUUUGCUAGAGCAUGCAUCGGAAUGUUUGACAUAUCUACUGAAAUACCGGGCGCGCUACGUGAUUAGUGAGUUGCCGAAGUAUUUGGGCCAGUACGCAGUUCUGUUGAAACACAAGAAAAUUCGUAUUCGGCACUUCUCUGCAGAAAGCUUGGCCUUAGUUUUCCGUCGAAUACCUUCAGCCGGCAUGCGGGCCGCAAUGUUUGAUGCUUUCCAACUGUUUGGGAGCACAGAAAAUCCACAUGAAUUGAAUCUUAUGGCAGAUGGUCUCAGCGUGCUUUUUGCAAAGACCGUCAAGGGGGUUCAACAUCAGUUCCGCAGCAAGACCAUCGCAGUCCUAACUCCUCUUUUCAAGGGAGUCCGGCAUUCUGUCACUGCUGCAAGCUUGACCAAAGCCCAACGGGCUGCACAACUCCGUGCCAUCCGUAUGGCCGUGCUGCGCAUGCGAAACCAUGCUCGCAGUCUUGAUUCAGCUGCCGAUCUUGUGGAGGUAAUGUUCAGCAAUUUCAGGGCUGUUUCGAUUCGGUAUGUCAACGCAGCGAAAGGCAGAGAUGUCGCGAAUGAUUCAGAGCCAAGAAACGACGAUUCAGAGAGUGAAAGCGAAGAUUCGAUAGAAAGACCUUUCAGCAACCAAGACUUGGAGCAGGAGGUCCUUUUCUAUCUUGAUUUGGUGGUGUCUUGGGUCUAUGCAAAGCCUCGGCCUCGUGAUUGUUGCGGUGAAAGCUGGCAGGCCUUUGUGGCAGUUGCAGUGGAGUGCUUGAGUGCCAUUGUUGAAGCUGGAAACUUGACACCAGCCAAUGCCAAAGAAAAAUCGUUGUUGGAUGCAGCCAAUGCCAUGGUCUUAGCCUUUCCACCUGUGGCCAUGGCAGCCUCUGAGACUGCAAAGCGGGCCUUGCUGCUACUUUGGCGUGCAAUGCCCUCGAUCGUCGCACCUUGCUGUGAUGAUAAACUUGCGGCUGUUUUUGCAGGACCUGACAGCGUUGAAGCUCAGAGUGCACUGCUGUUGAGUGGGAAUGAUGAAAGUCUGAGCUUGGCCUGCGCGGCUUUGAUACCUGACAUGCUGCCAGGUUUUGAGCAUUUGCUGCCACGACUCUCCGCAGCUACAGCUGCAGGCCUAAUGCUCGGUGAGACGAAGCAGCGACUUUCAAAUGAGCUUUGCAUUAGCUCAGCGCAGUUGCACACUUGGAGGAAAGCCGAGCCUGAGCAAGUGCUUGAAGAGAUGAAACAUGUGGUGGAGACGCUAGACAGUUUUGGAAGCUUGGCUCCCUCUUCAGUGGAACCUUUGCAGCUGUCGGGGGCCAUGGCAUACUCUGGUGCACUCUUGCGAUUCCUCAAGCUUCAUCCAAUCUCAGAUCCCAACAUGCCGAGCCGCUUGGCACUGCUGCUGCCAAAAGCUUCUUCUGCAAUGCUCCUGGCUCGUUUCUUUGAUUGCUGCAUUAGUUCCCUGCAUGUACCAGACGGUCCCACUGCACCUCCGCGAGAGGCAUGGCCUUCUGGGCAAGACACGGAGGAAGGGCAAACUUGGGAUGCUUGGGCAGUUGCAUGGGCACAGUCCGAGCCUAGUGGACCAGGACCACUCUUUGCGGCUGUCAGCCAUGCUUUUUCGAACAAGACCAUUCACACAUCUGAAGCAAUCCUUGGUCUCAUGCCCUGCUGCUGGAAAGCUGCCCAGUCGGCCCAUGCUCAAAUCAGAUUGGCUGCUCUGCGUGUGGCAUUGCUGCUGCCACAGAGUGUUCUGGCCAGGUGUCUUCAAAGACCAGAUUGUGGCGAGGUUUUUGAGAAUAGCCAGGCGGAAGAGACAGCCAACAUUGGAAGCGAUGCGUUGCAAUUGCUUGAGCUUUGCGUGCAGUUGGAGAACAUACCACCAGACUUCCACAAUGAGAGACGCCGGUCUGAACAGAUCAGGCGCAUUGGGAGAGCGUUGAAGGGGCGAUCCUGGGCUUCGAUGCUGGCCAUGCAAAUCCUUGCAAGUCAGUUCUCUGUGCGCCUUGCAACGCUUUGGGCACCAGCUCAAGAGGCACUUCUGGAGAGUGGCCGGCAAAAGGCGAAUCCAGAGAACAAGAAGCGUGCUGCAGAGGGCACUGUUUCCAAGCGAAAGAAGCGACGUGUAACUAAGACAGGCGUUGGAGACACAGGCAAGAGCAACGAUGGCGGAAAGCUCGCCCAAGAAGGGGAAGCGAAAGGCGAAGGGUUCAAUAGAUUUGGCCUGCUGGAUUUUGCGGAAGUGGAUUUGGAGCCAUUCCUGAGACCACCUGACUACCAGAACUUCCCAGAAAAUGACAAUUGGUGGUGGACUGAAAUGACCUGGUCCAUCGCUGUGGCCAUGAUUUCAGCUCAAGAAGCCCGCAGUGAAGAGAGUGGGAUGGCCCCCACAGGGCAACCACGGAAGCAACUCGAUCCACUUGAGGUGGAGUCCUGGGCUACAGAGCUUUGGAAGAAGAGCGACUGGCGAAAGGCCUUGGAUGAUGUUUGGAAAGGAAGAGAUUCUUGGAACACUCAGAGUGUGGCAGCGAUGGCCAUGCAUGGGAGAGCUUGGCAGCUGGCCUCCAAACUGCUUCAGCAAAGAUUCUGGUCAAAGGGAUUGGAGCCUUGGGAGGCGACUAUGCGACAGCAUCAUGAGGAUUGGCUCUUGGCGAAGCUUUUGCAACAUUUGUGUCGCCGCUAUGAGCAGGGCCUAAGUGGCAAAGGAACGUACACACCAAUGGUGCAUGCAUUAGAGGUUGUGGGAGCGAUGCCAAGCAUUGAACGGUGUGCUAGACCUUUGGUUCAACAAUGCAUACAUGCCUGCGUUCAUUGGCUAUUGCUCGAAGACAGCAAGCUUCAGCGGCUCGCCGUGGCAGUUCUUGCCAAGUGCCAGGAGUCGUUCCCGUUUGUUUCACAGUGUGAGGAACCCCUGAAGAGACUCUGUGAUGAUGCAACUUUCAGCACCGAACUCCUUUCCCUGUCGUCUCGCGAUGUGUCAGCAGCCGAAGCAGAAGCCGAUGUUGCCAAUGUGCUGUUUGAGAAUAAAGACCGUCUUCUGCCGCUGGUGCUUCGGAUACUUUUCUCCAAAGCCACCCGGAAAGGAAAGCAACUGGACAAGCGAAGCACCCAAUCCAGCCGCCGCGGCUCAGUGUUCGCAUACCUGUCAAGUCUCACGGACGAAGCAUCGCUGUCAGAGCUGUUUUUGGUCGUGCUGGGAGCUGUGAUGAUGGUCUUGUCCAGUGAAACAUUGGAUUCCCGAGUAACCUCAUCCAUUGCGCGGAUGGCAUCCCUUCGCAGAGCCUUCUCACAGGAGCAAGUGCCCCUGUGGUGGAGCGAGGCGUUAGGAAGUGCAUCCCGUUGGGGCCGGAAAGAUGGUAAGGUUCCAGCUGGCUGGGCUUGGCGCUUUGGCGAGUCAUUUGUUUUGCUGGAUGUCGAAGCUACACCCCAAAGGCUAUUUGGAGUUCUGCAAACUUUGGGGGAGGUGAUUCCACAGAUGGCAACAAAGCUACGAAAUAGCCAAUGGCCUCAGCGGUUGAUGGAGUUGGUUGCAUCUGUGCUUGAACGCGCUGGCCGCAUCUCCCAAAGUAUGGAACGGUCAGAACAAAUGCAUAUCACAAGGCAAUGCUUGCGUGCGGCCAUCCUACGCUGCAAAGAAUUGAUCGAGCAAUUCCCCGAACGCCUUCCUGAAAUGCUAGAAGCCUUGAAGCCUGCAAAAGGUACAUUGGACUUCCUUGUCCAACGCCUUGCACAAACAAGUGGUGCUGUGCAGACUUCUGCAGUGGUUUUGCUAGUGCGGAGUUGGUCAUGUGAGCCAGCACUCUUUCCUUGCUUUGAGGCCUUCCCAGUUUUGCAAUGGUUUUUCCAAGUUCCUGCUGCAAAUGCAGUCCGUGCUAUGAUUGCGGAUUCCGGCCGAGCUGGGGACGUGGUGCCCAUUGUUGCUGAAGUUGCGUUGCGGCUUUGCAGGGGGUCAAUGCUGGAAACCACCAGGAAGGCCCGUCGCUUAUUCAGGGAUGUCAAGAGAGAGCUUCGGAAGCGUAGCAGGGAGGGUGACGAAAGCGGCAGUGACGAGGAGGAAAUGGUGGACAAAGAAGCUCAGGAGGCGGCAGUGCAACAUGGCAUCUCAAUUGUGCGUCCUCAUGUUGACGUCCUCCUCUCCAGCAUGCAUGAGCUGGUUCAGCAUCGCCUUCACAUCAAGGGGAAGAAGCCAAAGCGGGCGUGCAUUGCAACUCCCACCGAACUCUCUGUUCUUGCAUCAGUCUCAGAGUGGUGUAGUGAUGAAAAGGUGGCUCGGCAACUAGUGCAACUGCUGAUGACAGUGCUGUCAAGCAACAAGAAGGGCCUCUCUUCUGACAGCCAACUGAUGCUGACAACUUCUAUUCGCCGCCUGGUUUUUGUAGCAUUGCCGGGGCAAUGCCCGAGUACUGAAGAGCCUGGUAAGAAAUCUCAAGCGACCUACGUUUCUGAUGCGAUUGCUCGACUUUUGGGCCAUGUGAAGGAUGUCUCAGUGAGGGGGCAGUUGGCUGAGCUCCUUGUUGAAGUUGAAGCCAUCAAAGCCCACGAUGAUGCAAAGGCAUACCUGAAAGAACCACAUGGCUGGCAACCAGAAGGUUCCCAAAGCUUCACAGCUUUGCAUGUUGCUCAUUUGCUGAGUGCUCUCAAUAGCCUUAGGCGUUCAGGCUUGCGUGAGCCUGAUGUUGAUGCUCAUGUUGAGAUUUUGCAAACGUUGGCCGACAGUUCUCUCGUUGAUGGAAAGGUGAUUCCUGCAACAAUGUUGACUCCUUUGUUACACCACUGCCUGUUCCUACUAAGCUGCGAAGGAGUUGACUUGGGAGUGCAGAGAGGUGCAGAACGAGUGCUUUGCUGUUUGGCUGACCGGUUGAGAGGACAAGUUCAAGAAACCUCGCCAGAUCGCCAGGAAUUGUGCCACUUGACCUUCACAAUCACCCUUCAAACACUGCGCCGCAUGUUGAAAGCUCCAACAGAUGACGUUUUUCGCACUGCAUUGCGUGUGCUGUCGCACUAUGUUCGGCACCUUGCUCCUCACUGCGAAGCAUGGAAGUCACAGAAAGCUGAAGGAUCUGUUGAAUCAAGCGUUGCUGGGGCUUCUGCGUUUGGAGCAUCCCCAGAAGCUUUGCUGCAUCAAGAUUUGUUGCCUCUCCUCGCCACCGUCAAGGGAGAUGAAGGAGGGGAUCUUUUUGCCAACCUGCUUCAUUUGCAAAAGCACCGUCGGGGAAGAGGUUUGCUGGCAUUGUCCAAGUUCGCUGGGGCCGGUUCUUUGACAUCGACCACCUUGACACACUUUGUCGUGCCACUUGCAUUGCAGGCUAUAUUGCAACACGGCGCUUCGAACGCGGCGUUCGAUCCCAACUACGCGGAGACGGGCAUCAAGUGCCUUGGCGAGUGCAUGCAUGGCGUGUCUUGGUCCACAUGCCUGCAACUGGUUCGUCAGUUGGCUUUUCUCCUAUCCAAGAAUGAGAAUCGUGAGCGUUGGAUUGUCCGUGGGGCCUGUGAAUGCCUUCAACGCUUCCCACUCCCACAGCAGGAGUUGCCAAGCCCAGAGCUGCUCCAUGGUUUUGGGACCAUGAAGCUGCCAGAUGUUCUGGAUGCAUUCCCUGAAAAGCGAAGGCCCAAGGGUGGAAAAGGCAAAAAGGGAAAGGGAAAGGGGAAAGCACGAGGAAAGGGACGUAGCAAAGGGAAAGGCAAGGGGGGCAAAGGAAGAGGAACAGACAGAGGCAGUGGAGUGAAGGCUGCAACCAGAGAAAAUAUUGAAAAGGAGGCUGCUGAGCUGGAGGAAGACAAUGAUGAAGGAGAUGAAAAAGAGCCAAAAGAGGAGAGUGAUGACAAGGAGGCUGAUGGUGGUGAGAAGGAGAAACUUGGAGAUGAUCCUGAACUUGAAGCUUCUGAGCAAGAAAAAGGAGCGGAUCAGCUCAAAAGUGUUGAUAGCAUUGUGAAGUCUCUGAGGAGUACUGUUCUGCCUAUUCUCAGGAAGAUGUGGCAAGAAAAGCCCAAGGGAUCAGAGGGAAAGAGCGAAGGCAGCAAGACACCUGCAGUGCGGAUUGCAGUGAUCAGCGUGAUGAUGCAUUGUCUCCGACAUCUUCCAGCUGAUGACUUUGCAUCAGAACUUCCCAAAAUCUUAGGAUAUGUGGUGCAAGGCCUGAAGGAACGCGAUCCUGAGAGCCGCAGAGCAUCCAGACAGGCCCUGCAAAAUGUGUCCGCCUCACUUGGGCCAAAGUGGCUUCCAUGGAUCGUGAGAGAGUUGCGCAGCCGCUUGGACCGGGGGUACAUGGUUCCAGUUCGCUCAGCUGCCGUGCUUGCGGCCUUGCAGGCGCUUACGAGCAGCUCUUCUUUGCAAAGCGGUGACUUGGACACCUCUCUUCAGGAGCUAUUAACGGAAGCCAUGGAGGAGUUAGAAAGGCAAAUGGCUUCAAAAGAGGCAGAGACAGGUGAGGAGGCUGUGCUUCGACCAGGCCAAGUCCCUGAAGCAAAGAAGCCGAAGGGACCGGAUUUCAUGCUCUUGGCUGGCCAGUUUUCGUCUCCCAACAAGGUCCUUGAGCUAAUCUGGGCAUUGGAUCGCAAACUGAAAGGAGAAAGCAUCCAAGAGGAAAAGAGCGAUCAACUGCCUCGUGGCAUGGUCUUCUUGCGCAAGGUAGAAGAGCUGAUGACGAAGGCCAUGUCUGGCCUUUGCCUAAACACAAGCUUCAUUUUUCCGGAGCAGAUCUCUGCGUGCAAUGAGCUGCUGCAGCCAGUAGCUGACAUCCUGGCAGGCAAAAGCCAGAGCAAAAAAGAGCCGGAAGUGGCGAAAAGCAAUAAGGCUCCCAAGUCACGUGCCAUCGAACCUGCCAAGAGUCGCGAGAGUGCUUUCCGGGUCCAAGAGGGUGCCGCCAGCGGAAAAUCUGGAGGUCAAGCAUCCCAGCAAGGUGUUGACGACCACGCACGCGCUGGUGCACUGGGUGUGCUGGGACUCCGAUUGCUGCGGCACAUUUUGCAAGGCACCAAGACAGGACUGGAAGCCAACAAAGAGGCCAAAGGUUUGGAAGAUGUCGUGCCGGCAGUGGUUUCUUGCUUUUGUUCACGGCAAGAUCGGCUUUUUGUUGCAUCUGCAAAAUGCUUGGGAUUGCUUCGUGGCUACUUCGAUGGCCAACCAGAAGUUCUUGGCCGCCAUGGCGUUUCCAUAGCUCGAACUGUCUUGAAAACGUUUGAGAUUACGGCUGGUGCUCCAAGACUGUCGCAGCACCUCAGAGCAAAAGCCAAGAUGCACGGCUUAGCAAGUGGUGCCGAUGCGAUGCUGGCAACAAGUACCCGUUUGCUCUCGGCCCUCCUCAACAAUCGAGACUCUGCAGAAUGGUUUCAAAGCUUUGGUGGCGAGGAGGCGCCGUCAUUGGCCAAGAAGGAAAUGCCCAAAACGGACAAGCGACAAGCCAAGCCAAGAGAAAAGAAGGAGGGCGUGCGAGAAGCCUUGCAGAAGAGUACUGUCUUUGAUGCGUUGGUGUCGCAUAUCCAAAACGCGCUUGAUACACCAUCUCUCCAAUCAGCAGCCUUGCAGCUGCUACGCAGAGUCCUGCUGAGAAACAGGGUUCUCACCUCUGCAGUGUACCAAUGCAUCGACACAGUGGGCGGAAUCAUGAUCACAGGUUCAGACAAAAGGACCUCUCAGCAGUGUGCCCAGAUCUUUGUAGACUUCAUGCUCGACUACCCUCAUGAGCACAAAGCCCUUCAGCAACGCAUGAACCAUUUGUUGAAAAACCUUGGCUACCAAGAGGACGGGGGCAGGCGUGCAGCCUUGAAUUGCCUUUACCUCGUGGUCCUGCACUUUCCCGAAAGCCAGCUCUCGACAACUUGGGGUAGCUUGAUUUUCACUGCUGCAGCUGCCAGAUUAUCGUCCGAGGCUGAUGCUACAUCGCAUCAGAUGAUUCAUGUUCUGAUCCUGACUUUGCUGCGCAAGAUCAAUGCGCCCAGCCGUCAAAGGCUUUUGGACCUGGUUCUGAAAUGGACAGCCGCUCCAAGUGUGCUUGCGGAAUGCUUAGGCCUCUUCGUGGAAGCUGGUGAGGCUUCAGAAUCAACCCUGGCUCUAAUGCUGUCGGCCUUGGUGAAGCUUUUGCAGGAAGCCAUUUCAGCAGAUGCUCCGUGGCAGGUAUCCUAUGCGAUUUGCAAGAGCUUUGAGCGUAUUCUUGCAUCCGUACCUCACUUGGUCUUAAACCCCUUGCUGGAAGGAGAUGCCGCUUCCUCCAUGAAAUACCUUUGGCACUAUUUGCUUGGCUCAGAUGCUUUUGCUGAGACAAGGCAUGCCUGGAUUAUAGCCGUCGCGCUGCGUUGUUUGGAGGACCAGAGCGCCAAAUGGCUGAAGAGUCCGGCGAGCUUAUGGUUUCAAGGCGAUGUAUCUGCCUACCGUUUGCUGGGAGCUUUGGAGGUGCUGGUGACAUCAAGGAGAGUUGAGGUUGACACAUCCCUUGCCCCACUUGCUGUCAAGGCAUUGCGCAAUUUUUUGCUGCUUCUUUUGCAGCAGCCAGACCUUGUGCAAGCUGACGGCAUGGACGAAGAAGAUGAGUCUGAUUUGCCAGCUGAUGAGCAUGAAGCCAAGGAGCAGCUUGGUGAAGAGAGCAUGCUUCCGCCUGCGGAUGACGGCAGAAAGGGGAGUGGGCCAAAUGAGCAAAAGCUGGAAAGCGCUACGCAGAAAGGGGUGGAAGAAGUUGAUGAGAAGAUGGAAGAGGAGCACGCCGGUGGAAGUGAUGAAGAGCUUGAGGGUGAUGAAAAGAAAAGCCAACCUGAGAAGAUUACUCUUGAGGAUGGCUUGGAAGCACCUCAACCGGAGGAAGCUCUGGCAGAACCUGAUGGAGGGCGCCAGGGUUCUUUGUAUGAUGAAGCUGUGGCCGCAAAUCUCCCAAAGCCAGAUGUUGAAACCACACCGCUUGAGAUGGAAGACGGUGAUGUCCAAGACCGCUUGAGGCGCAGUCGAAUGAGGUGGUUGCUGGUGCGCUGGUCGCAUCAGUCCCAGGGCUUCCAGGCCAAUCCUACAGAGCACUUUGUUCGAUUGAUUUCUUGGUUUCGGCUUUGCACUGCUUUGGAAGAUCAAUUUCCGGCACAGGUUCUCUCACAAUUGCUCCGCCCACUUUUGAGUCCUGCAUAUCGCUGCACUACAGCAUUUAAGUGCAUGGCUUUGCCAGACAUUGUCUCCUUGGAGCAGGCUUUGGCACUUCGCCCUGCGCAGCAGAGAGGCUUCCUUGCGAAUUUGGCUCAAAGUUUCCUGGAUCAAGUGAGUGACAAGAUGACGUCAGCUGGGAAAGCCUCGGAGUUCACUUCGACGCUGAAUCAAGUUCGGAAGGUCGUGGAGAAGCGGAGGCAAGAACGUGUUCAGAAACGACGCUUGCAACCAGUCACCAACCCCGAAGCAGCUGCGGCAAGUCGCCGAGCAAAGAAUCGGCGCAGAGCUGAGGGAAAGAAGCGAAAGUUAGAGGAGCUCAUCCACAACACCAAGGGCGGCCGUGGAAAGCACAAAGUGAAGCAGUCCAAAUCAUUAGUUUCUUGAGACUGAUCUGGGAGCAGGUGGCA